AUGCCCCGUCAUUGGUGUCAGUGGGAGGAAUGGCGCCCCGUCAUUGGUGUCCGUGGGAGGAAUGUGCCCCAUCAUUGGUGUCAGUGGGAGGAAUGGCGCCCCGUCAUUGGUGUCCGUACGGGAGGAAUGGCGCCCCGUCAUUGGUGUCCGUACGGGAGGAAUGGCGCCCCGUCAUUGGUAUCUGUACGGGAGGAAUGGCCCCGUCAUUGGUGUCCGUACGGGAGGAAUGGCGCCCCGUCAUUGGUGUCCGUACGGGAGGAAUAAUGCCCCGUCAUUGGUGUCCGUACGGGAGGAAUGGCGCCCCGUCAUUGGUGUCCGUACGGGAGGAAUGGCGCCCCGUCAUUGGUGUCCGUACGGGAGGAAUGGCGCCCCGUCAUUGGUGUCCGUACGGGAGGAAU